CGACCGGCUCUGCUCGCCCUCUUGCCGCGAAUCUCCACAGAGCUAAGCCUCCACGCUCAGGAAUUCAAGAAGGCUUUAUCCAGUAAACCUGGCAUCAGCCUUGGGUGAAAUAAUAGCAAAGUGGAUCUGGAGAUCAAUAGCUAAAGAACAAUACAAAAAAAUUGAUCAGUGUGGUCUACAGAAAAUAAAGGAUGUCUGGAAAGAAGGAUCGUGAUAAGGAGAGUUGCACUGCUCUUGAAUUGAUUGAUUUCAAGAAUGCUUUGGAGCAGUUCCAGAAUCUAGUUGAAAAAAUGAUCAUCCAGAAGACCAAGGAGAGUUCAGACUCAUAUAUUAAAGAUGAUGAAGAGAUAGACUAUGAGAAGUUCCAUACAACCAUACGAACACUUUUUGGUCCAGCAGUCAAGGAUCAGAAUGUUCAGGCCUUUUUCAGGAAGGUUAUGAGCAACCCUGAUGAAAAGCCAGAAUGGCUUGAGAUUUUUGGCUGUUUCACCGGAGAAAGUGAUGGCAUGUCUUCCCCAUCAAAAGAAAGCACGGUUUUGCUUGUAUCGGAAAAACGGCAGAUUACUCAUUCAGUUGUCAAGAGAAAAGAUGUGAUCAAGGGUAUAGUGAAGGUGCCCCUUCUGCAUUUCACAAUAACAGCCUCUCAGAGAGGAGUGCUAACUAUGUUUAGCAAAAAGAUGAAGGUUCUGGCAACCAUCGAUGUUGAAGAUCCUACUUGGAUCAAUGGAUGUGAUUUCCUGCCUAAUCUGAAAUAUGUCGUGGCUGUAACUGAAAGCACAGUCAUUCUCUGGGACUAUCAAUCAAAAGAGAGCCAGAGUGAUGGCUUUGUCAUCAAACCAAUGAAAAACUGUCUGCUCUGUGUUUGUACGGUGACUAUGGCAGAUAACCUGGCUAAGGAUACCAUCUUAAUGGGAGAUGAUAAGGGUUAUGUUUAUCUGCUUACGAUCACCAAUGAUGACUUCAUAAUGAAACAAUCUAGAGCCGAAAAAGAAUCACAAUUUAAAGUCUUGGACUCUGAAUCUUUUGACAUUCCUAAACGCAAGCUGCAUGAUGACUGGGUUGGGAAGAUUAGGUAUUUUUCAGCCCUAAAAUGUUUUGGAUCCUGCUCCACAGACAGUAUUAAUUCAUUUAUUUUGGAUGACAUAAAGCGACUGGAGGACCACUUACCUGUAAAGGAAUUUUCUGUCCCUAAAGGAGUAAAUGCCUUCACAUACUGUGGAAAGGCAAAAGUCAUUGUCACUGGAGGUAAUGACAGAAUCCUUCGUUUGUGGAAUCCUGUAGUUAAUUUUAGUCCUGUGGGGAAGCUAUUCGGACACAAACAUAGUGUUGUGGAAAUUGUGACAAAUGAAAAAGAUCAACAUGUCAUCAGCCUUUCCUGUGCAAAGGUUUUUAGAGUGUGGGAUAUACAGACUCUAUCACCACUGCAGGUCUUCUAUGAAAGUAAUGGAACUCCAGAAGAGAUGAAUGCCUUUCCUAUGGUAUUUGACAAUGAUCAUGGCAUGCUUUUCACAGGUUCAGAUGUCAUUGAUAUUUAUCCCCUAGCUAAUGUGAUACAAGAUUUAAAAGAGUUGCCUCAGACACAUGAGAAGAGCCUAAAUGUUGUGCUUUACAACAGAGCUUUUCACCAGAUUCUCAGCAUUUGCACUGAGUCAAUUCUGAAGGUCUGGGACGUAGAAACAGGAUCUCAAAUAUAUCAAAUAGAAGAUGCACAUGGGCUGAAUACUGAGGUGACCUGUGCAGCCAUUGAAAUAAAUGGGGUUUAUCUUGCUACUGGGGCAUGUGAUGGAACAGUGAAAAUCUGGGAGUUUGAAAGUGGGCAAGAAGUUAAAGCCUUGCCUUUAGCACAACACAGCAAUGAUGAGCAUCGAGUGCUGAAGAUAGUAUAUCUGAAGGCUGAUGAGGAUCAACAUGCAGUUAUUGUUUUGGAGCAGAGAGGGAAGAUAAAAAUCAUUCAGGGUGACUCAGCUCAAACAGAUCUAUAUGUCACAUGGGUGCUUUCUGAGAUAGUGCCAUUUCCACGAAGGAAUCCAGUUGUGUAUCUGGCCCUGAAGCCUAGCUCCUUAGAAACACAAGAUUUUUUUCCAGAGAUUCGGCUUCUAUGUAACACCAGUUCCAUGAGAAAUGAUACAGAGACUUUUUUAUCUUCUGUGGAUAUUAAGUGUUUUGAUGUUUUAAAAGUAGAAGGAUGCAGAUUGAUAGCAACAGGAAGUGCAAAUGGUGAAAUAAAUUUGUGGGAUUUUGAAUCUGCCUCUGUGAAAUGCCUGGGUAAAACUACUGAAGACAACCAGGGCUCUGGUGUCAAUGCCAUAUUAUUCCUCAUACAUAGUGUUUCCUCUUCCAGCAAAAGAAGUGCCAUGUCCCCUACUCCUUCUGUGAGGAGUGAUGCCAGUGCCAUUUCGGAGCAGGGAAGUUCUUUGGACCUGCAUGAGGAGGUAUGGUGGUUUGAUGGAUUUGGUAGCAUUCAAAACAAAUUUCUGUUUUCUUUUCGUAUACUGAUUACUGUCAGCCUUAGGGAUCCUCAGAAGCCUGAAAAUGCAGAAAGUGAUGAAAUUAAUACUGAAAUUAAAACAGCAGAAGAAACACCUAGCCGUAAGAACUCCCAAAAUCCAGAGAUGAGUGUACAGUUGUUGAAGGCUAAAGCAGGACAGUCACCUAUACUGGCUUCUGCCCAUGAAAGCAGCUGUAUCCGCCUAUGGAGUAUUCAGGGAAACUUGAUGAAAGAACUUCUGCCAUUUUCAGAACAUCCCUCAGGUCCUCUGACAGCGCUGUGUACAGACAUCUUCACUAAAAUUCUUUUGGCAGGCAGUAAAAAGGGAUAUAUUAUUCGCUGGAACAUGGCUUCAUUCUUAGAAGAUCCACGAAAUAAAAAAAAUGAGAUAAGGGAGGAGCUCUGCUGGAGGGCGCAUGCUACUGAAGUGGUUGAAUUAUUUAUAGAAGAGGAGAAAAAUGUGAUAGUGACAGCAUCCAUUGAUGGUUCAGUCAGGCUUUGGCAUGCCAUGACUGGAUACUAUUUCGGUUACUUUGGACAAGCCAGGAAGUUUGAAUUAUCAGAUACCAGUCGGUUGAUUUUACCUUCUGAUGUUAGUAAUUUUCCUGCUAUAAUUAAAGAGGAGAGCAAACAUAUGGAAAAGAAGGUUAAAUAUCCUCUCAUGCUGGACAGAGACAAGUGGAAGUCACUGACCAGAUUACCUUCAGAUUUAGAAAAGGCUGGACAUGGGGAAGCAGCUCACGGCUUCAAGUAUUUUAAAGCUCUGGCUUCUGAAAAGUUCCAAACUUUGGAAACUUUUGAGUUUGUAAGCAAAGAGGCUGGUGCAAUAUUUGGUUUUCUUCCUAUAUAUGAGCUUGAGAAUCCGAUUGAAGUGAGCAUGCCAAAAAGUCUCCAAAGGAUCAAAGCUGAGAAGUCCAGUCACAAGGGACGGGAAAAGGAUCCAGAUUCCAUUGAAGAAUUGAGUCAAGACAAAUAAAUGUAGUUUGCAUCUUCAUUAAAGUGGAUUAGCAGAUUUCUUU